UGUCGCUGACAAUUCUUUCCUCCCCAUCUCUCUCCUCCACUGUGCAGUUGCCAGUGUAAACUGCAGGACCAAGUAUAUAAACAGAAUCUCCCCCACCUUUCAUACUUGUUCUUCCUCUCAAAAUUCACACAAACUUAUUUCAAACAUUUUUUUUUUUUGGAAAAUAAAAACCAAGAAAAAUGGGAAGAUCGCCGUGCUGUGAUAAGGUGGGGUUGAAGAAAGGACCAUGGACUCCUGAAGAAGAUGAGAAGCUCUUGGCUUACAUUCAAGAACAUGGUCAUGGAAGCUGGAGAGCUUUGCCUUCAAAAGCUGAAACUGUGUUCUUGCUUAUGAUAUUCAAGAAAAUUACACAUACUACAGGGCUGCAAAGAUGUGGGAAAAGUUGCAGGUUGAGGUGGAUAAACUAUCUUAGACCUGAUAUAAAGAGAGGAAAAUUCACUCUUCAAGAAGAACAGACCAUAAUUCAGCUUCAUGCUCUGUUGGGUAACAGAUGGUCGGCCAUUGCCACUCACUUAUCAAAAAGAACGGAUAAUGAAAUCAAGAAUUACUGGAAUACCCAUCUCAAAAAACGGCUGAUAAAAAUGGGGAUUGAUCCUGUUAGCCACAAGCCCAAAAACGAUACCCUUUUGUCCAACGAUGGUCAUUUCAAGAGCACAGCUAAUUUGAGCCACAUGGCUCAGUGGGAGAGUGCAAGGCUCGAAGCUGAAGCCAGAUUGGUGAAACAAUCAAAGGUAUGUUCACUCAACUCUACAUUUGGGCCACCUUCGAGCUCGAUGCACCUUGAUAUACAUAAUAAUAAUAAGGCCUGGAAUGGAAUUCUUGAUAACGGGAAUGGAAUUGGAGAUUCGGAAUCAUCAUCAUCCACACUUUCUACCAACAGACUCAAAGAUAACCCCACAAGUUUUUACGAGUUAGUUGUUGGGGGUAGCAAUAGCAAUGAGGACAGUUUACAUGAAGAAUACGAGGUAGUUCCGGAAUACAAAGAUGAGAAGAAUGGAAUGGGUCAAGGAGUUAAUGACAUGACCAUACCUACCAUAGAUAACACAUGGACGACUGAGCCAUUGCAAUCAAGCAACGAUAAUGACCAACAUGUGCCGAAUGGAAAUUUCUUGGAACAUUUUACGGAUCUUUUGUUAUGCAGUAAGAACAGCUUCACUGAUCGUUGCAGUUUAAUAACCAGAUCUGACAACAAUUCAGAUAUUGAUCUUGUUUGCAAUGACAAAAACGAUAGACCUACUCAUCAAAUUAUCGAUGACUGUUAUGAAGACAAGAACAAGAUUUAUUGGGAUAACAUUCUUAAUAUGGCAAAUGCUUCACCAUCUAAUCCUCUUAUGUUUUAGGAAAGAAUUCCUUUUAUGAUUGUGCUUGUUUUUUUUAUUAUAAUUUCUUAAGAGGUUAAAGAGUUGUAAAAUGUUUGCAAGUGUGUAUUGCAAUAAACGUGUAGAUUUGUAGGGCUUUUUAAAAUUUUAACGUGCUUUUGCUUUUUCUGAUUA